CAAGUGGUGUAAGGAAAUGGCCUCUCCCGGUCCCGGCACGGCGUCUACCGUCACGUCGUCGUCGGCCGGCUCGGAGGCGACACGGGCGCCGCCUGCGGCGCUGACGGAGGAGAGGAAGCGCAAGCGCAAGGAGUCGAACCGGCUAUCCGCGCAGCGGUCGCGCGCGCGCAAACUGCUGCAGGUGGACGAGCUGGAGGCGGAGGCGGCAGCGCUGCGCGCCCGGAACUGCGCCGUGGCAGCGGCGGCACAGGAGGCCGCGCGCCGGUGCGCGGUCGUCCAGGCCGAGAACGAGCUCCUGCAUGCGCGGGCGCUGGAGCUGGGCGCGCGCCUCGAGUCCCUCGCCGAGCUGAUCCAGUACAUGGACGCGGCCGCCGCCAUGGGUGCUUCCUCCAUCCCGCUCGCCGGCGUCAACGGCAACGCCUUGGCCCCGCAGCCGAUCCUGCAAACGGAGUUGUACUACAACUACUCCUACCACUGCUAGCAGAUCGCAUCAUGUUGGUUUCGUGUAGCUCUGUGUUGUCUAUGCGUCUAGUAUGUGCUUAUGCUUUUCCUCCCAGGUAGAGUAGUGUUAUUGGGUGGGCAGGGGCAAGGAAAUUAAAGAGUGGUUGUACGUGUGUCGACUGACUUUAUAGUGUGACAUCGACGGCAACGACAAUGUGUGUGGUUUAUUGGA